AUGACUGGCAAGAACUGCGUUGCCAUCGCCUGCGAUAAGCGGUUUGGCAUUCAGCACCAGACGCUGGCCUUCAACAUGCCCAAAGUGAAGCAGCUCAACUCAAAGACCUUCGUCGGCCUUUCUGGCCUGGUGUCGGAUGCUCAGACUCUGUUCAAUCGCUUCCAAUUCCGCCACAACUUGUACAAGCUGCGCGAGAACCGAGAGAUGGAUCCCGAGACCUUCGCCAACCUUGUCUCGACCAUGCUCUACGAGAAGCGAUUCGGUCCCUACUUCGUGGAGCCUGUGAUCUGCGGCCUCUCGGGUCCCGACAACAAGCCCUUCAUCGCUGCCAUGGAUCUCAUCGGCGCUCCCCUCUUGGCCAAGGACUCUGUCGUGGCCGGCACGUGCUCCGAGGCUCUCUACGGCAUGACCGAGUCUCUGUGGAAGCCCGACCUUGAACCCGAUGAUCUGUUCGAGACCAUCUCUCAGGUUUUGCUUUCGGCCGUCAACAGAGAUGCGUUCAGCGGUUGGGGUGCUGUUGUCUACAUUAUGACGCCCGAUGAGGUGAUCACCAAAGAGAUCAAGUGCCGCAUGGACUAA